CUAUGGUGCAUAUUGAAGAAGUGAAAAACGUUCCUACUGGCAUUCAACCCGAAGCGAAGGAAAUCUCUAAGAAAGAAGCGUCCAAUGUUGAAAAGUACAACGAUCUCUUGUCGACCAUGCAGAAAACAAAGGAGAAAUGGGACGAAGAAGAUGGUGUAGAAGACGAACAAGAUGCGCUAUUAUCACAGGCUAUUGAGUUCGCCAUCGAGCAAGGAAGAGGAUGGGCUCCUGGCGAAAAAGAUGCUUAUCUGGAAAAGAUAUUGGACGACGAUUUCAUUCCCCCCAUGUUUUGCUCGACGCCGGAAGAGCUGGAGAAAACGGGCUUACAAGAAGCCUUUACCAGCCUAAUAUAUGACGGAGAGAGCCCAACAAGCUUGAUGCUGAGUUUCAAAAAGAAAGGUAACGAAGCAUUCACCAACGGCAAACGGAACGAGGCCAAAAACAUGCAGUACUAUCGGGACGCAAUCAAUCAUUACUACGAAGCCUUUGCCUGGGCGCAGAAAAUAGAGCCUAUGAUGGCCGGAGAUUUGGCGCAGGCGGAUACAGACGAGCCAACAUACACGGAAGAUGAAUUGGAUGAGCUGCGAUCAAAUAUUUGCAACAACGUGGCUCUGGCGCACACUCAGCUCAAGAACUGGGGCUUUGUGCGCGAUGAAUGUCAGAAGGCAUUAACUUUCAACAACAACAAUGUCAAAGCAUGGUACAGAUUGGCUAAGGCUUACCAAAUGUUGCAACGCUGGGAAGAAGCAGGUGACGCCAUUGAAUCUGGAUUGGCGGUCGACGGCGAAGAAAACAACAAGGAUUUGAGGAAGCUUCAAAAGCUACUAUCUGAUCGCAUCCAAAAAGCUCGUAAAUUUCGACAACAACGUGAACGAAAGAGAGCGGAACGCGUAAUGAAAAUCAAGAAAGUUUGGAAGCACUGCCAAGAAACCGGUGGCAUUAAACUCGGCCGAAUUCCACUCGUGGCCACCGUGACAGAUGCGGAAGAGGAUGACGACGAUCGCGACGAGUCUCGCUGGCAUUUUCAUCUACCACAUACCGGACAGCUGCCCAGCGAAGAGCACGGUGUAUGGGCGUGGCCUUGUAUGUUUUUGUAUCCGUCUCACAAUCAGUCCGACUACGUCAAGCAUUUUGCCGAAAGCGAAAUGUUAGCAUUACGCAUGGCGGAGAUGUUUCCAGAAUUAGAAGACUUAGGCGGUGAGACUCCCAUGCCUUGGGACUACAACAACGAAUUUAGUUGUAGCCAACUAGCUGUCUAUUUUGAGAUUCAAGUGCCGGAUACGGAAGAACGUGUGAUACACCCAGAACACGUUGAAUUGCUGCGCGAUCAGGCUACCACGAUGCGGUUUUACGAGUCCUGCCGUGCGCUACAGGGAGACGAAGGCACGGCAAUGGCGGAAGUAGUACGGGCGGUGGAGCGCAAACAUUUGUACCAGCAACGAAAGGCUUGGACAAAGCGUCACGGCAGUCUGUGGGCGAAGCCCGAUCCAUGUUCGGUCGUGCGCGUGCAUCCAGCCAUGACCUUGCGAGGGGUGUUGACCGAUCAUCGGAUGGUUGUGCCGAACGCUUGGUUGAUCGUUUUUCAGUUUCUGGUAACUUUUGUGAUUUUUCCAGAAAGUCAUCCAGCUCAUGCAGCCUACCUCAAAGAACACGAAUGUGUUGGUCUUUUGGAACCGACAGAAUGA